AUGCCGCCCUCCACCGCUGCAUCCAAGAAGAUCAAGGCCAAGAAGGCCGCUGCGGCCCCGAUUGACGCCGCUCCGACCGGCUCGUUGCCCGCCGGCUUCAAGACCGAUCAGGCGCGUAAGGCCGUCGACGCCCUGCUUGCGUACCAGGAGAAGGCGGCGGCUGAGCGUGAGCGAACAGAGCUUAUUGCGCGCGACGAGCAUGUUUGGCUCUCGAUCAAUACCAAGACGGGAAGCACGCGUAAGAAGCUCAUGCCGGUCAAGAUCCAGCUCCCCUUCCCGCCCCUCCCCCCACCACCCGCAACCUCCGUCUGCCUUAUCACCAAGGACCCGCAGCGCGAGUACAAGGAUCUGCUGGAGGAGAAGGGUAUUAAGUUUGUGGACCGUGUCGUUGGCGUCGAGAAGCUUCGCGGAAAGUUCAAGCCGUUCGAGCCCCGCCGGCAACUGCGUAACGACCACGACCUGUUCCUUGUCGACGACCGUGUGCUCCCCAUGAUGCCCAAGCUUCUCGGCAAGAUGUUCUUCGAGGCCAAGAAGACGCCCAUCCCCGUCAACGUGCUCCGCAAGGACCUCAAGGCCGAGCUUGGCCGCGCCAUUGCCUGCACUUACUUCCACCCCUCGACCGGCACGUCUCACUCCGUGCGGAUAGCGACACCGAGCGUCACGACGGCUGAGGAGACGGUCGCCAACCUCCUCGCUGCCGCGCCUGCUGCGGCCGAGCUCGUCGGCGGAUGGGACAACGUGCUGUCGGUCGGGAUCAAGACGAGCACGUCGGUGCUCCUGCCUGUGUGGAACGCGCCCUUGACGGGCCGGUUCAAGAACACCGAGGACGAGAUGGAAGUCGAGGAGCCCAAGCCCAAGGCUAAGGCUGUGGAGAAGCCCAAGGCCGCGGUGAAGGAGAAGGCCGCACCCGCGCUCAAGAAGAGCUCGACUGUCGGCUCGGGAGCCAAGAAGGCAAAGGCCGCGGUCGUCGGCUCGGCCAAGCCCAAGAGCAAGGCCAAGGCCAAGUAG